AUGACAUCCUCAGGUUUGGGCCUUGCCUUGUCAAGCGAUACCAACCCUUUCACGAGCAGCGAGCUCCAAUUUAGAGGCAACACGGCCGCCGCUGUAGCUGGCCCUGCUUCUCAAGCUGCUUCGGGGGAUACCGAGCCGUUUCGUCUGACGACCAUCGGCUCAGAGCCGAUGACGCUUCAGCCUCUGACUCUCGCAAAGUCACCUCCGAGCCUUGUCAAGCGACUGUCAGAAUCAUUCUGGAGCCGGGCAUCCACGGCACUCGGUUCGAUCUCCUUCGACUACUCACCGGUUGACGGGACUGGCAGUGCCCGCCGGCACCGGGUGGUCCUUGGCGCUUCUUCGAAUAUGAAUGGAGGGCGUUCAGUCAACAAAUUCGCCAUUGCACAAUCGAGCAAGCAUGUCGUCAUAUCGAAGGCACCUAUCCAGGAUCUGGCACCGCGAGCAGUCUCUUCGAAGCGGCCGUUGGAAAUAUCCCAACCCCUCGAUUUGGCCAAGAGGGGGAAGUAUGAUGACGACAAGCAAGCGGAGGAGGGUAUCGUAAGGAGCACAGUGAUUGUUUUCCAGUCUGUGCCAUUGGCACCUUUGACAGACGUUUCUGCCUCCACAACUGGUCAAGGCCACGAUGUCCCCCUUGUUGCUCAUCCGUUAGAGCAGCUCAGGAUGGGAGACAAGGCUGACAUCAUUGGCCUCGGCGGCGAAGAGUAUGUGUUGACUCGAGAGGCCAAUAUCAUGACGACCAGAAACACGCAAGUCUUCCAGGCCCAGCAUUCGCAGCUACCUGGAGACAUGGCUGUCGUGAAGGUGAUUCGAACGCCGUCCCACGACAUUCAACUGGGUGCAUCAGACCCGAGCGCCAUGAAGAUUAGCAGAGCAGCGGAGAUGUGGCUGAAGGAGUAUAAAAAUCACUCGAAAUUGUCUCAGCAUACAACCGUCGUUCGUCUACACGAAGCUGACGCCAGGUUCCUCUCGCUGUACAUGGAGCACGUCGAUGCACCGGCACUGGCGAGUUGUCGUGGGCAAGAUCCGAAUCCGAUGUGCACAUUGAGCGAGGCCGACGCGCUGCGCGUGAUGGCCGACAUAACCACUGCACUCUUGUACAUCCAGGAGCAGGGCAUUGUGCACAAUGACAUCAAGCCUGCCAACAUCCUCUACUCGCCGACCCGCGGUGCAGUUCUUAUCGAUUUCGGCCUAUCAUCGGAGCUUUCUAACAAGACAAGAAUACACAAUGGCGGGUCGCCAUGGUAUGUACCGCCCGACUACUUGACUACAGGAGAACGCGGGCCGUCGGGCGACGUGUUUGCACUGGGGGUGGUCAUGUUGUUUCUUCUUCGUAAGCUGCCACUCCCGGAGCUGAGAUCUCCUCGGCUCAACUGGAUUAUUGCCGACGUGAGGACGCCUGGCAGCGGAAGAGGAGAAGAGGUCCGUGAAGCCAUGAGUCGAUGGCAGGAGAUUGUGAGAAAAGCCUCACAGCUUUUGGAUAUUCAGAAGUUAAAGCCAGACAGGUUGGUUCAUGGGAUGCUCGCCAACAAUACGCGGAUCAGAAUUGGCGUGCGCGAUUUGAUCGAUAGUUUAUCUUGA